CUGAGUUAUCUCCCCUGUCUCUUCGUCAUUCGGUCAACAUGGCUAGUCAGUUAAUACGUGAGGGUAAAAUCUCUCUCUUAUAUUUUCUGAUUGGAGCCGGUAUUUGCUGUGUUCCGUCGAUAUCAUGGAACAAAUCAAUGCAAUACGUUUGGUUAGACUCUUGGAAAUAUCUACUCGGAAUUUACACAAUAGUAUUUCACACUAUUGUCAGCUUAGUUUAUAUUUCGGAUAAUAGGAUGUACCAGAUUGCUCUCAGAUCCGGCUCGCUGGGUCUAUGUUUUGGCCUUGGCGUUUUACUCAGUAUUGCCGACACGACGCUGGUGUAUUUUGGUUGGUACGUUAUGGUACUAAGCUUUUUCCACUGGUCUGAGUAUUUCAUGACAGCUGUUACGAAUCCGCGUAGUCUCUCCUUGGAAUCUUUUCUUCUUGACCAUAGCCGGGAAUACAAGCUGGCUGUGGUCAGUAGCUGGAUAGAAUAUACUCUGGAAUGGGUUCUCUUUCCAGAGAUGAAGCUGUUAAGGUGGUUUUGUUAUGUUGGCCUAGUAAUGGUGAUCGGAGGCGAAAUCCUCCGUAAGUGCAGUAUGUAUACAGCUCGCUCCAAUUUUAACCAUUACAUCCAGUAUAUUAAGCAAGAUGGACACACACUUGUCACUCGAGGAGUCUACUCGUUGUUUCGCCAUCCAGCUUAUGUUGGCUGGUUUUACUGGAGUAUUGGAACGCAGCUGAUCUUAUGUAACCCAUUUUGUCUUGUCGGCUUCACAAUUGUUUCCUGGCGCUUCUUUCAAGAACGGAUACAUGAAGAAGAGAUUUAUUUAUUAAACUUCUUUGGGGAAGAAUACUUUAACUACCAAAAGAAAGUUGGAACAGGUCUUCCAUUCAUCAAUGGUUACCGAAGAGAACUUUAAAAAAUCUGAACUGGAAUUUCUCGUAAGUGAAAUAAAAAUAAAAAUAUGGAAUUAUGAAAUUGUAACACUUACAAAUGGGCAA